AAUGCCGGGGUCUGUGGCCCGAGCACCAUGACGCGGGAGGAGCAGGGCAGGGAGGAGCUGAGCUACGACAGGACGCCCACCCUGGAGCGGGCACGGCCCGAGGCUGGGAGCUAUGGCCCCGACGCCAAGCCCAGCGAGCUACAGCUGGCCACAAGGCUGCCCCCAUGCCUCACCCACAAGACGUGGGUCCUCUCCGUGUUGAUGGGGAGCUGUCUGCUUGUGACGUCGGGGUUUUCGCUCUAUCUGGGGAACGUGUUUCCCUCGGAGAUGGAUUACUUACGCUGCGCGGCAGGCUCGUGCCUCCCCUCAGCAAUCGUGAGCUUCGGGGUUUCCCGGAGGAACAUCAGAGCGAUCCCCAACUUUCAGAUCCUGUUUGUGUCCACGUUCGCCAUCACCACAACCUGCUUGAUCUGGUUUGGAUGCAAACUGGUCGUGAAGCCCUCAGCCAUAGACAUAAAUUUCAAUCUGAUUCUGCUCCUUCUGUUGGAGAUUUUCAUGGCAGCCACAGUGAUCAUCUCAGCACGGUCCAGCGAGGCGCCCUGUAAGCAGAAGGGUCCCAUGCCGGACGGUGCCAACGCGCUGUAUGAAGUGGCCUUUCCUGCCCGGGUCCUGAAGUCCUAUUCGGUCAUCGAGGUGAUUGCUGGCGUCUCUGCCGUCCUGGGUGGCGUCAUUGCUCUGAACGUGGACGACGCUGUCUCGGGGCCGCACCUCUCAGUGACGUUCUUUUGGAUCUUAGUGGCCUGUUUCCCGAGUGCUAUUGCCAGUCACGUCACGGCUGAGUGCCCCAGCAGGUGUCUGGUGGAGAUGCUGAUCGCCAUCUGCAGCCUCACGUCCCCGCUGCUGUUCACCGCCUCUGGGUACCUGUCGUUCAGCAUCAUGAGGAUCCUGGAGAUCUUCAAGGACUACCCGCCCGCCGUGGAGCAAUCCUACGACGUGCUGCUGCUGCUGCUGCUGCUGACCCUGCUGCUCCAGGCCGGCCUCAACACGGGCACCGUCAUGCAGUGCGUGAGCUUCAAGCUGGCCGCGUCCUGGGACACCGUGCAGGCCGGCCCGCCCGCGCGCCCCGCGGGGGAGGUGUCCAGAAGCCCCCUGAAGGAGUUCGACAAGGAGAAAGCCUGGCGGGCCGUCGUGGUGCAGAUGGCCCAGUGAGCGCGGGCUGGGGAGACCGAGGCAGGAGCGGGGCCCUGCCUGGCUCGUGGUCCUCCAGCUACCACUGCCCAGCCAGGCCCGGUGGCAAGGUG